AAUCAUUAACCCCUGCAGGAAGCCCGCAAGACAGACGAGAGUAUCUGCUUCUGCUCAGCUAGACACAGCGACUGUUGAAGCCCUGAGAUGGAGAGAAGUCAGGAAAGAAAUGGUGGUGAGGGGGUGGCAGGACGGGAGCCAGGUGGUGAGGGGCUAAGGCUGAGGAGGGAGAUUGGUUUGUGGAGUGCCGUGUCCCUGAUGGCUGGCUGUAUGAUUGGCUCUGGUGUCUUCAUGUCACCACAGGGGGUCUUGGUCUACAUGGGCAGCCCUGGAGCCAGUCUUGUGGUCUGGGCAGGCUGUGGCCUCCUGGCCAUGAUGGGUGCCCUGUGCUAUGCUGAGCUGAGUGCCCUGGUUCCCAAAUCUGGAGGGGAGUAUGCCUACAUCCUGCAAAUCUUUGGCUCUUUGCCAGCCUUCCUGGUUAUCUACACAUUUGUGUUGCUGGUCAGACCAGCUGCCAUUGCUGCCGUCUCCCUGAGCUUCGCUGAGUAUGCCGUGACCCCCUUUUACCCUGGCUGCUCCUCGAUGCCCCAGGCUGUGCUCAAAGGUGUGGCUGCCUCCUGCAUCCUGCUGCUGACGCUGGUCAACUGUUGGAGCUCACGGCUGGCCACCAUGCUGGUGAACGUGUGCGCAGUCGCCAAAGUGUUCUCGUUGCUGGUCAUCGUGGUGGGUGGGGCCGUGGUGCUGGGCCAGGGCUGGGGCCACACGGAAACCUUUUUGCUUGCCUUCCACAACACAACACAGCAGGCUGGGCGCAUUGGCAUGGCCUUUUACCAGGGCAUGUGGUCCUUCGAUGGCUGGAAUAACGUCAACUAUGUGGUGGAAGAGCUCAAGAAUCCAAAGCAGAACCUGGUGUGGGCAGUGAUGAUCGCCAUCCCCCUGGUCACCAGCUUGUACCUCCUGGUCAACAUCAGUUACCUGCUAGUGUUGUCGCCCAACGAGAUCCUUUCCUCUGAUGCUAUGGCUGUGAGCUGGGGUUUGCUGCUGGAGUUCCUUCCCUUGACCCUCUGUUGUCCUAGGAACCAGGUGCUGGGGGCCUGGGCCUGGCUGGUACCGUUGGCUGUUGUACUCUCGACAUUUGGCUCUGCCAAUGGGAUGUUCUUCGGUGGAAGUCGUGUGUGCUAUGUGGCUGCGAGAGAAGGCCACAUGGUUUUGGGAGUCACCAUACUGGAUCACACUGUGGAGUCUGUAGGUGAUGGGGAUGUUUGUGUAGGGCAAACGGUGUGGGGGCAGCGGGGCAGAGCCACAGGAGCAGAGCUGAGCUGGUGAGUACGCUCAGGGCCCCUCCCCCUGGGGACUCUGUCCCUCUGGUAGCUUUCGCAGCAAUGAUGCUGAACAACAACUCCAAGAUCUAGGGGGCUGACAACAGCAAAUGCUUCAUGUUGCUCAUCGGUCCCUGGGUCUGUCGUGGCUCUGCUUCAGCCUGGGGUUCGUGUUCAGGUUUUCUCAUUCAGGUCUCUGAGUCUGUUCUUGUCUCAGGGACCCAGGCCAAAGCAUAUUUUUGCCUAAAGCAGGUGGCAGGGGUUCAAGAGACCAAGCCAAGCCACACAGGUAUAUUUCGAGCCUCUGCCGUGUUACCCCUGCUCACAUUUCAUUGGCCAAGCCCAGAGUCAGUGGAUGGGGAAGUACCUAGUGUUUCUCCUACAGAGGUGGGAGAGGGAGGACUAUUUGCUGAGUACUUAUACAGUCUACUACCAUAAUCCAUGAUCCUAUUCCAUGCUCCAUCCAUAACCAUCCCACCCUCUUCUCCCCCAUCCUCUGUCUUCCCGCCCCUGGUCCCUCUUCCUGUCUUGGGGAUGAGCAAUAGAAAGUUGGACAACCUGGCCAGGCACGUGGGUCAGCUCCCUACACUCUAGCCCACGUCCUAAGCUUUUUGGGUCUCUGGAGUGAUCGGCCUCCCAAGCUGUACGCUGGGCCUGCUUUCACCCCAGGUGAGCCACAGAGACCUGCAUCUUGAAGCUGUGGGGACUGGGGACUAUUAGGUUGGGCACACUGGUGUCCAGAGUGAGUUUGGCAGGGGAAGAGGGCUGGGAACUUCCCAGGGCAGAAACCUACUGCACCUCCCUUGGCGGGGCGGCUGCCUGACACCUGGCUUU